UCAGGUAACCGACCAAUCACAGGGAGCACAAUCAUUUUUCAUGCCAGUUUAGAAUAAUAUUAUUAAAAAAGGCAGCCAGACAGAGGGUGAGCAGACUUUCCUGCUAUAUUAUCUGCCAUAGAGCUGCAUCCUGGAAGGGGAGGUGAGGCAGAGCUGGAGGAGAAGUUAAAGGGACAUCCAAAAGUUUGCGAAAGUGCUGCCUGCUGUGGCCCUGUGGCCCUUGGUUCUUGGAUUGCUUUGAAGACCCAGGAUCUGGACGGACGGCUGUUAACCCUUGGACCUGGAUGGUUCUAGCAGAGAGUUGGGGGUAAAGAGGGGACCAUGUCGAUGCUCCCCACCUUUGGCUUCACCCAGGAGCAAGUGGCCUGUGUCUGUGAGGUUCUGCAGCAAGGGGGUAAUAUAGAGAGGCUGGGGCGCUUUCUGUGGUCCCUGCCGGCGUGUGAGCACCUCCACAAGAAUGAAAGUGUCCUCAAGGCCAAGGCGGUGGUGGCUUUUCACAGGGGCAAUUUCCGGGAGCUCUAUAAGAUUUUGGAGAGUCAUCAGUUCUCCCCACACAAUCACCCCAAGCUACAGCAGCUGUGGCUCAAAGCGCAUUAUAUCGAGGCGGAGAAGCUGCGGGGGCGCCCCCUGGGGGCGGUGGGGAAGUACAGGGUACGCAGAAAGUUCCCCUUGCCCAGGUCGAUCUGGGACGGGGAAGAAACCAGCUACUGCUUCAAGGAAAAGAGCAGGAGUGUGCUGAGGGAAUGGUACGCACACAACCCCUAUCCAUCACCCCGGGAAAAGAGGGAGCUGGCCGAGGCCACCGGACUCACCACCACCCAGGUCAGCAACUGGUUCAAAAACAGGAGGCAGAGGGACCGAGCGGCCGAGGCCAAGGAAAGGUACGAGGAAAACAAUGAAAACUCAAACUCCAACAGUCACAACGCAUUAUCGUCUUCAAUGAACGGAAAUAAAACAGUUUUAGGAAGUUCAGAUGAUGACAAGACUCCAUCUGGAACCCCGGACCACACUUCGACCAGUCCAGCGUUACUCCUCAGCUCUAACCCAGGGCUCCAGGUUCUCCACGGUAUGGGUCACCCUCAAGGUCCUAGUGCCAUCCCCGUGCCAGGAGCUGAUCCCAUGCACCAUCACACUUUGCAAGACUCUAUCCUAAACCCAAUGUCAUCCAAUCUUGUAGACCUUGGCUCUUAAAACUGGGAGACUUAUUUAAUCCAAAAUCACAAACAUAAAUUGCUGUCAAAUCCUCACUUGCGGAUACUGACCCAGCUUGGAUGGACAAGCAGAUAUGACUAUUUGAAGGUAUUGUAGAUCACACUACCUGUGCCACUUGGGACUUCAAAGGCCUUCAAACUUUUUUUAUGACAAAUCAGUCUAUCAUCCCAAAGCAUUUUAAAGGGGAGACAACCAAAGUUCUAACCCAUAAGUAUUAUACAGGGUGUUCAGCACUUGCAGGGUUAACCCACUUUGAUUUGUGCCCUAAAAGUUAUUGUAAAGCCU